AUGCCACAGGCGCAGCCGUAAAAAGAAAAAUAAAUAAAAAUAAAGAUAUUAGCAGCUCAGCGUAAGCAGCAAAAAGAGGAGGCAAAACAGAAGCACCUAAAGUUUUUCUCCCUCCCUCCCUCUCCUCCCUCUGCCCUGCGCCAGGUGCUUUUUAAAUUAUUUCAGCUACUCAUCUCUUAUGGCCUAAUGAGAAAGGUAUUAAAACUUUGUUAUCGGUGAGACACAAGGAGGCUCAGCAAAGUUAAGGGUCUUGCAGGGCAUCUCACAAGCAGGUUCUGAGCAGGAGAGGCACACGUUCUUUGCCACCUUCACGGAGUCCUGGGGACUGGCAAUUGCUUUUUUUAAUUUUCCUGUUUUCUGAUCAAAUGCUAUUCCAAGAGAACCUGCUAAGCUUGGACCACAGAAGCAGACAGGAAUUGCUGAAGAGUUUCAGGGCCAGCAGAGGGGCAAUCCCCCUCCCCCAGAGGGUCACAUCCUGAGGCUGAUGUGAUUGGUGGACUUUAAUAAGGAAGGCGGGGUCAGUUUCCAUAGUGUGAACACAACAAGUCCCGCAGCUAGGACUCCCUGCCAAGGAAGAGCCUGCAGAUUUCAAACGAGUUUGUUUUUCUUUGGUCAUGGAAUUGAUCAAACUGUCAGACAUGACAAAGCUCCACCAGGCCGUGGCUGCAGGAGACUACAAUUCAGUGAAAAGGAUUUUGAAGAAAGGUCUUUGUGACCCAAACCACAAGGACAUGGACUGGAAUGACCGAACCCCCCUUCACUGGGCCGCGAUCAAAGGACAUCUGGAGGUGCUGCAGCUCCUGAUAGACCACGGAGCCAGACCCUGCCUGGUCACUGAUGUGGGCUGGACCCCAGCUCAUUUUGCAGCUGAGUCGGGCCACCUGCAUGUGCUCAAAACGCUGCACGCGUUGCACGCCGCCAUCGAUGCCCCGGACUUCUUUGGAGACACGCCGAAGAGGAUCGCGCAGAUCUACGGGCAGAAGGCCUGUGUGGCCUUCCUGGAGAAGGCUGAACCUCAGUGCCGGGACCACCGCCAGGCUGCCAGGCAGAAGGGGCUGCAGCUGGAUCAGCGGGACGAAGACUGGGAUGCCAAGAAGAGGGAGAUGGAGCUGUCGCUUCCUUCUUGGAAUCCAAACCCUGAGAAGAAAAAGAGUAAGAGACAGCGAGGGCCCACCAAGCUCAGCAACACUAAGGAGAGGAGAGUGUGAGAGGAUGGCCUCCGAGGGGUGGGAGCCUCUGAGGGAUGGCAGGAGACUUUCCCUGGCGCCAGAAUGGUUAUUAGGUAUGUGUCCUCCUGCUCCAUCCUAGACCAUUAAUUAUCAGACAGCUUCUACCCGUAGCUCCUGACCUAUCAUUCAGCCUGGAAGUCUUGCCUGGACUCUCUCUACAUGGGCUGUCCCCUCCUUGCUAAUACCUGCUUGUCCCCAAGAAUGAUCAGGAGGGAACAAAUGUGAUUUGCACUGUCACCAAGUGCUUUGUACUGUCAGCAUCUCCUGAGCCCCUCGAUGCAAUUCUAGAGCUCCAGGCGCAAAGAAAAAUCUCCUCCUAAGGAAACUUCAUUGUUUCAAUGCAAAAAAAAAAAAAAAAAGCAACAACUGUAUCUGAAAAGUCUUCAGCAUUCUCAGGUCAGUUAAUCUAUGAACAAAAGUUUGUUGUCACAUAGACCAAGCACAAAGAGGAAGAGAUGGGUCUUAGUUUCCAGCUAUUUAUUCUUAUGAGGGAUAGAAAACCACAAUUUCAGCAGGGCCAUUUUUACCACCAAUCCCUUCUACAUAGGAGAAAACAACCUAGACAAUAGACCAGCUCAGUGAGAAAUAAAAACCUUGGUUUAAUUUCUUCCCACUUAGUAAUGACACAUGGCAUAAAAUAAUGGAACAUGUGAUGACAGCUCUGUUUGAUCAGUGGUAUAUUUUAGAAAAUCUAAAUACAGAUCAGAUGCUGCCAAUGAAAAUAUAGCAUUGGCAUUGAGAUGAACUAUAAAUGUAAAAUGCGUAUUAUAUUUUGAAGACCUAGGAUAAA